UAAUAUAGCCGUUUUCACAGAUCUGUUUAUCCAUGAGCAUGACACUGUCUCUGUGCUUAUUGCAGGGUUCAUUCCGCUUUACUUCCUUGGUUGGGUUUUCCCCGAGGCAUUUUAUUUUACCUUUGGGGCUGUUGUGAGUAGGACAUGUCCCCUCAAAUUGUGUCUUCUAACUGUUUAAUAGUUAAGUGAUAAAUUUAAGGCUUGGAGUGUAAACAUGAAGAAGGAAGCACGGCAUUUCUUCUCCCUGACCGUUUGUCAUUGCACUGUCAUGUUGUACAGACUCUUAUCAACAGACCAGAGCGCCACAUGUGACUAACAGGGGACUUCGGUUUCAUUCUCGUGUUCGAUCCUAAAGAAUUAAACACUCUUUCUAUCCUCGUGUUCAGUGAAGAAAUAAAACCCACAAGAAAUGACACUACCUUGUAAAACAUUUACGAAGAACCGUUGGGCUUUUGCUGAGUGAUGUCAGGCAAAGGGAAUUCUCUUCAUGGAUGGGCUGAUAAAUAUUCACAUGGACUAUUUAGACAUCAUUAUCUGUAAUGAAGAUCACGGUGGAGGAGACACAGCAAGGCCUUCUUGUUCCAUUGGCUCUGGAGUAGAGAUUUAUUCACUUUUGUUUUAGUGUUCCACUUUCAUAAUAUUUAUUUAUGUAUUUUGGUACUAGAGACUGAAUAUAGGACUUCAUGAAUGUUAGAUAAACACUAUGAACUGUAUCUCCAUUUUUUUUCUCUACCUAGACUGGGAGAGUAGAAAUUAAAAUUCAGUGCUAAACUAAGUGAUAAACUGAUAUCCAUCCUGGCCUUUUUCCUAUUUUUGUAUCUGAAAAAGAGUAGUUGGCUGUGCUAGCUUCCGCAGCACGUAUACGAAGAGUAGUUAGCCAAGAGCCAUAGGCAUUCAUGAUGAAAUAUACCAAGUGCAAUUUUAUGAUGUCAGUGUUCGGCAUUAUAAUCUAUGUAGCUGAUUUAGUUGCAGACAUUCUCCUGUCUGUUAGGUAUUUCCAUGAUGGACAAUACCUUUUUGGUGCUUUAACAUUAAGCUUUGUGCUUUGUGGAACACUCACAGUUCAUUGUUUUAGCUAUUCAUGGUUGAAGGCUGACUUAAAGAAAGCAGGACAAGAAAAUGAACAUUGUUUUCUUCUACUUCACUGCUUGCAAGGAGGAGUUUUUACAAGAUAUUGGUUUGUCUUGAGAAGGGGUUACCAGGUGGCUUUCAAACGUAGCCGCAGGACGAGCCAUUUUAUGGAGGAACAAACGGAUCCUCACAAAGAAGCUAUAGACAUGGCCACUGACUUGAGCAUGCUCAGGCUGUUUGAGACCUACUUGGAAGGCUGCCCACAACUCAUUCUUCAGCUCUAUGCCUCUCUGGAGUGUGGCCAGGCAAAUUUAAGUCAAUAUGCAGUCAUCAUGGUUUCCUGCUGUGCUAUUUCUUGGUCAACUGUGGAUUUUCAAAUAGCUUUAAGAAAAUCAUUGCCCGAUAAGAACCGCCUCAGCGGACUCUGCCCCAGACUCACCUAUCUCUUUUACAAAUUGUUCACCUUGUUGUCGUGGAUGCUGACUGUCGUACUUCUGCUGUUCAUAGACGUGAAGAGUGCUUUGUUUUUGUUGCUAUUCAUUUGGCUCAUGGGACUGAUAUGGGCAGUUAUCAAGCAAACGCAGUUUUGCAAUUCUGUAAGCAUGGAAUGCUUAUAUAGGCUCGUGGUUGGAUUCAUCCUCGUGUUUACGUUUUUUAACAUCAAGGGACAGAACACCAGGUGUCCCAUGUCUUCCUAUUACACUGUAAGGGUGCUGGGCACCGCGGGAAUCUUGGCUGUGUUCUGGACUUACCCUCUCUCUAUUUUUAACUUGGACUAUUUUAUCCCUAUCACAGCCGCCAUAGUUCUCACUCUUUUCCUUGGGAUUAUUUUUCUUAGUGUUUACUAUGCAGUUUUUCACCCGAACAGAAAUGCAGAAACACAACAUGAUGAAACUGAUGGAAAGGCACCCCAGAGAGACUGUAGAAUAAGAUACUUUCUAAUGGACUAAGUUAUGAAUAUAUGAGAAACGUUUUCUUUUUUUGUUUCAUUUCCUAGUAAAGAAGAUGUCUGUUAUAUGUUCCUUAUUUCUGUCACCUCUGUCUUGAAAUGAGUUCUAGCACAUGGUGAAUGAGAGGAUAGUAAUAUUUUAUUCAAUAUUAUUUCUUCUUUGUGUUGCUGAAGAUUAAAAGCCUAGAGCCUAGUGCAUGCUGCUUAAGUAUUUCGCUAUUGAAUUGUAUCCUCGACCGUCUCAGUGGUUCCGAAAGCCUUGAGUAUUGAGAUACUUGCUUUCUGUGAUAGAGUUGCCGUUCCGUUCCUCAAAUGGAGUAAACUGUGCAGUUUCCAUGAGGCCCAUCCUGAGCUCCUCUCCAGCUUUCCCCUCAUUGUUCUUAGGACCACUGUACCUACUGUGGACUGCUGCAGGAGGAGGGGAAAGAGUAGUGAGUCUUACUUUUCCCCACCUACUUUCUUCAGUAGCUCCUGAGCUUCGAACAGGGUGAGUGGAAGGGAAGGGGAUGAAGGAACAAAAUAAAAGCAAGUUAUGUAGGUGGAACUCUGUGCUUUUUCCACGAACUUCCCAACUGAGAAACACAAAGCAGAAGAUUGAGAAGACUGAAAAUUCAUUGUUUACUGAUUGUAUAGCUCUAUGGACACAUUUUUAUCAGUGUAUGGUAAAUAUACAUAACAAUGGCUGUCAUUAUAGCAUUUUGGAACAUGACAUAAUGUACCUUAGUCAUGUUCACCCCAGCACUCCUUCUUGUUCCCCUUCUAGUCCUGCUGAACCACCCCUUCCCAACUACCCCUUCCCUACUUUUGUGUCUUGGUUUUUAAUUUUCAUGACCCAGUGAGUUUCAAUGUGAUUGUUUGUGUGAGCCUUGGCUCCUUAUGCCUCUCUCUUCUCACCAACCGUUAACUGACUAAGUCUUUAGUGAGGGGUGUGCCCCUCCAGUCUCUCCUCCCUCCGUGACAGGGUUGGUGGGCUGUUUCCUGCGGGUAGCCCAGCUGCUGUGAGUGUGAGAACACAGCAGCCAUGUCAUUCCUAAAGUCAACAUGCCCCAUCACUCCACUGUCCCACCUCUCCAGUCCUUACAUUCUUUCAGACCCUUCUUUCAGGCUGGUCCCUGAGCCUUGGAGGGGGGACACGGAUGUCCUGUUACAGCUGGUCACUCAGCAGUCAUUUAUUCUCAGUACUUUGACCACUCAUCUGUCUCUGCAGUCAGUGAGCACUACAACAAAGAAGGUCCUCUGUGCAAAGCAGAUGGCAGCGCCAAACGGUCAACAUGGGUGUUUAGAAGGCAAUUUAAUGGGCACAUCACAACCACUGAGCAAGGCACUGAUUAUAGCUUCCUCAGGGCCUGUGACCUGCCCUAACCACAGGCUUAUGAAAUCUCUCUUGUGGAGCAAGCACCACAUCUUCUUGAUAGACUUGGCCCUAGUUAUAUUUAUGCUUAGUAGUUUUAAACUCAGGUUUUAUUCACAUUUCUAUAUUUAAAAAAACUUGUGAAGACAUGUAACAAAAUGUCUUAAUCAUAUUAAGUCUAGUCCACCGGUGUGAACUAUGCUCAGUGUUUGCCAUGAAUUCCUACAGCCCUUUCACCCCCAAAGCUUAGACUGUGUAUGCAUUGAAUAGCUGCUCUGCCCCCUGAUCCUGGCAACAGUUCAUUUUAUGUUGCAUGAUGUCUCCGAGGCUUAUUCAUGUUGGAGUAUGUGAUAGGUUUUUUUUUCAUGUCUACAUGAUAUUCCACUGUAUGUAUGAGCCACAUUUUCUGUACUCAUCUAUCGAUGGACAUUUGAGUUGCUUUUACUUCUCAACUGUUGUGAAUAAUACAGUAAUGCACAUGGGUUUGGGACGACUUCUUUGGGACCCUGCUUUUAUCUUUUCGGGUCCAUGUACUCAGAAGUGGGGUUGCUGGAUCAUACAGGAACUGUGUGUGCUUUUAAAAAAUCCCCUUAAGGGGCCGUCAAGUUGUUUCUCAUGACAGAAGUCUCAUUUUGUGGUCCUGCUGUAGGUGCCACGGCUCUGUAUUAGUUGUCUCUGUGUUGUUGUGCACCCGAUGGACACAACUGAAGGGUGGAAAGAUUUGUUGUGGCUCAUGGCUUCUGAGGGAUUCUCAGAGCCUCACGGUACGGAAGGCAUGGUGGAGUAGCUGCAUUGGCGGACUAGCUACAUCUGUGGAGUAGCUGCAUCGGUGGAGUAGCUGCAUUGGUGGAGUAGCUGCAUUGGUGGAGUAGCUGCAUUGGUGGACUAGCUACAUCUGUGGAGUAGCUGCAUUGGUGGAGUAGCUGCAUUGGUGGAGUAGCUGCGUCGAGGCCCUGACUUCUCACAGGGUAGAUCAGGAAGGGAAACAAGAUAGAGAAAUAAUCCUGGAAGGGUCACUGCUCAUGACCAACCUCUGCCAGUGUGGCCUCAUCUUCUAAAGACUCUGCAGUGCCCAAUGCUGCCUCUCAAAAUAUUUCAGUUCAAACCAUUUUUGAAUAUUCAGUUCAAAAAGGUUCAGAUAUGUCUUCACAAAAUCUGUUAUUUUUCUGACUUUUUUCUCUCUCUUUUAUUUGUGUGUGUGCAUGAAUUGACAUGAAUUGACAUGUGUGUUGAGUGCAUGGGUGUGUUGUGCAUUCGUGUGUGUACAAGCAUAUGAAGUUCAGAGGUCAACAGCAAGUGUCUUUCUUGAUCACUGUUCAUGAAGCCUUGAUCUCCCUGAACCCAGAGUUCAGCUGAAUCAGUCUAGCUAGACAGCUUGUCUGGACAACCCCCCUGUUCAUGUCUCCUGAGGCCUGAGACUGAGGAGGCCUUAAUGUUUUUUGGGACUUUACAGGGGUUCUGAGGAUCCCAACUCUGGUCCUCAUGUUUGUUGGGAAGCGCUUGCGGACUGGGCCAUCUCUCUGUGCCCUCUCUGUAUGUCUCUCUGAGCCCCCUGUGUCUUUCUGUGUCUGUCUUUCUGUCUCUGUCUCUCCCUGUGCCCUCUAUCUCUGUCUUCCUGUCUGUCUGUCUGAGCCACCCAGUGGAUAUGAGGGGAUAUCUCUAUAGUUAAUAUCCAAUUUCUAUGUGUUCAGAUUCUGUACAUCUUUUUACAUGUUUAUUGGCUACUGGCCUACCUUCUACAGAGGUUUGCUUGUAUACAAAAUAAAGAAUUUUAAUUCAACAACCACCACCAACUCCACAAGCUGAUUUAAAAUUGACAAGCUAUUGGAAGUGACCAAGUCCUGUUUAGGCAGUUUUGAGCACUGUUUUAGUGAGAAGUACAUUUUGGUUCUAGGAGUAAUUAAGAGGAUGCUUACAUGAAGCUGAGUUUCUGGAAACACCAAAGCUUUCCCCAUUAAACUGCCUUGGCUUCGGUUCUUCAUUCUUCUCUUUGAGCCUUAAUGGAUGAAUCCUUAAAAAUCCAUUUUCUGUUACCAAUAGAAAAAAGGGACACAGCUUACUUAGUCUUAUAACAGUAAACAAACAAACAAACAAAAAACAACUGUUGAAUAACUCUUGAGAAGGGCAAAACUACAAGAUUAAACAGAUCACAAGAAUCAAAGCUGUUUGACAACAUUAUACACUAACUGUGUGCCGGGCUUAUUGUUAGGUACUGUUGGGGAUGCCGAGCAGCUGUGGAUAGAGUCUGGUGCUUGAAAAGGGCACAUGCUGAAGCAUUGACAAAGGCCAACAGCCUGUAUUUUAGAAUGUUUACUGAAAUAUUGGCAAUUUUUCAUUCCCUAGUAAUCAAAAUAAAUAACAACAGAGACGGCCAUAGUUAUAUAGUUAUGUAGACUUUGUAACGUGCAGUGAAAUGAUCCCUGGGCCUUUAAAAGUUGAAGAGCAGUGUAGAAGAUCUAUUUUUAAAAUGCUCUCUCUCUUUGAGUGUGUUCAUGUACGUGAUUACAGAUGUGCGUGAGCCACAGUGCACAUGCAGAAAUCGGAGUGCGCCUUCAGGUGGACCUUGCCUUCCACCUUGUUCUGUGCUGUGUGUACCAGGAUGGUUGGCGUGAGAGUGCGGAGAUUCCUCUGCUGUCUCUCUCUCUCCCAUCCCAUGAUGGGGAUGCCAGGAUUAUAGAUGUGUGCCUCUGAACAUUGAUUCUAGGGAUCUGAACUUGUGUCUCCAUGCUCUUCAGAUAAGAGUGUUAUCAACUGAGCAAUCUCCCUUUCGAGAACUUUGACUUUAUGAAAAUUUACGAGAUUUUUUUUUAAAUUUACUAGAAAUUUCUGUUAAAAUUUCCUAGAAAAUUUACUUUUGAAGGAGCUGUAGUUUACCUGCAACACAGGAUUCUAACAUGUUUACCAUUAAAUCGAAAACUGAUUUUCUUUUCUUUCUUUCCUUUUAAAUUUUUUCCAGAUAUAGAAUUCUGGAUCGUAGGAUAUUUUCUACCUUUAGGUGUUUACUUUAUGCUUGAGUAAUAACACUCCUCUCUGGCCUCCAUGCUUUCUGAUAAGAAACUGGUGAUCAUUCAAAUCAUUGUUUCACUCUGUGUAAUGUGUUGUUAUUUCCUGGUAGAGUUUGAGAUUUUUUUUUACUAGUAGUUUUGUCCUGCACUAUUCUGACCACUGCAUCAAUGAAUGUGCUUUGGUCUGCACUUGUCGGACCUCUGUGUUAAUAAGUGUGGUUUCUUAUUUUUAUUGCAGCUCGUGUUUCUUCAAGUUUCUAGAAAAUGUACAUUUUUGGUUUCCACUAGGUGAGGGAGCAUCUGGUUAUUUUUCGCAUCCUACCUUCCCUGUUCUCCCCUCUUGAACUGACUCUGUUCACGGCUAUGCUAGCCUUGUUUUUAAUAUCCUACCCAUCUCUGAAACUUGUUUUUUCCAAUUUAUUUCCUUGUUCUUCAGAUUAGGAUUGUCUACCACUUAUUAAUUUUUUCUUCCUUAAAUUUUUUGUUAAGUUUUUUUUCCAUUAAUUAAAAUUUCAUAUAUUACAUUAUUAUGUUCUAGGAUUUUUAUGGUUUCUGAAUGCAAAGGUUUCAUAUAAUUUUAUUUACCAUAACCAUAUUUCCAUUUACAUCCUUGAUUGUGAUUGUAACAGCUGCUUUCCAGUGUUAAAAAUUCCGAUAUCCAGGUCAUUCUGGGAUUGGUCUCCAUUCGUUGUAUCUUUUCUUGUGAAUGGGACACAUUUUUAUGUUUCCUUGUAUAAAUACUGAUUUUGAAUUGUAUCUUGGCUUCAUGAAUCUCUUUCAGGCCCUCUUUUUCAUUUCAUCAAUCUUGAUUGUAUUUAUUUGUUGUGUGUGUGUGUGUGUGUGUGUGUGUGAUCAGAGAGUAACCUGUAGGGGGAGGUUCUCUCUUUUUAUCAGGUGGGUCCAGGGGAUUGAACCUAGGCAGUCAGGCUUGGCGGCAAGCGUCUUUACCUACUGAGCCAUCUUGGUUGCCCCAAAUACCAGGCUGUCCUGAUUCUGUUUGUUCCUACAGUAUUUUACUUUUCUUUUGACAGGCAUCUUACUUGAACUUUAAACUUUGAACAUUGAGUAAUGUUUAUCCUUACCCGGGCUGCUUGGAGUACUCCUUCACAAUUCAGAACCAGCUAGAGACCCAGGCCAAAGGUCUCUUUUGGACCUCUUUUCUUGACCACGUGCUAGUGUCUCUUGUUGAACUUGGAGCUUAUUAACUCUGCCAGUCCGUGUGGUACUGAGCUUUCUGGAUCUGCCUGCCUCAGCAGCCCUACCAGCUUCAUUUACAAGGGUGUGCCUUCAUUUCCGCUUUUACACAGGCUCCAGAAAUCCACACUUAGGUCCUCAUGCUUCAGCAGCAGGUGCUUUUACAACUGAACCAUCACCCCCGCUCUAUCUGGGGUCUCCAUGUGUUCCUUAUUAUGAAAGUCAGCCUCUUCCUGUUGUUUGUUUUGUUUCGCUUUGGCGUGCUUUGAGGUAUUUCCUGUACAAUUCAUAGUGGUUAUUUAUGACAAUUGUACAGUAACCAUAUUGUGUAUUUAUUUACUUUAACAUUUUCAGUAUUUUCUGUAAUGUUUGCCAAUCUUAAAAUAUCACCUUCAUUAAACAUCUCAUUGAAACCGCU